ACCUGACAAGUGGAAGACUCGAUUUUUACAUCAAAAUGAUGCUGAUAUGGGUUGUUCAUACUAAAUGACAUAACAUAAAUAAUAAAUGACAUCACUCAGUGAACACCAUAUAACAAACAUCUACCUUUCAUUUGCUGUUCGGGAGGUGUUGUAAUGGACCUAGAAUCCAAGGCUGUGUAGGUGUGGAUUUGUUUUUGACAUCAUGGGUUGUGGAGGAUCCAGGACAGAUGUGUUGGAGCCGAGAUAUAUGGAGAGCUGGACUAAAGAGACAGAGUCCACCUGGCUGACCAGCACGGACACAGACAUACCCCUGUCCUCCAUCCAGAGCAUCCCCUCGGAAAACUCUUCAGAGGUGGGCUUCCCAUCAGAGAAGACUGCCAACCUUGAUCUCUUUGAUGAUGGUCUGCCUUCUCCAGCUCAGGCAUAUCUGAAAGUGUGUUCUGCCAUGUCUGAGGUGGGUCUGAAUGACAUGAAAACUGGCAGCACCCCUGCAAUCCUCUCUUCUCAAGAACAGGAAGUGCUGUCUUCUUCUGGUAGCACAGUGCAGAGGAGAAGCAUGUUACGAACUGAGGAAAUAACCAAAUGGCAGGACAGCCGGAUGUCCACCAAGCAAGUGACCAUCACUGUGACUCAAAGCAUCCGGCAGGUGGACAAGAGCGGAAAGAUCAAGGAAACUUCACAAAUCACCUAUGAGGUCAUGAAACCGGUGGAUGGUUUGAUGGACGCAGCAGUUGACUCAAUGACUUCACCCAAGACCUCAUAAAGACUGUAUCUUGGAUUUCUGGAAAGCUUUGGUGAAGAUGUCAUGGACCAAAGAAGUAAAAAGCAGGGAUGACCUAAAUGAAGAAGUUCAUCAGUGCUGUGAUUAACGGGUUAAUAUCUAUUUUUAUGUACACCUUUUCUCUGUAAUGUCUUUGUCAAAAUGUUUUUUUGUUUUGUUUUGAUGCCUACGAAAAGAAUCUUAGUAAAAGGAUCUACUGUACAUACACUGAAAGCACAGGAUAGAUCAGGAAGGGCAAUCGACAGAUGAGCACUUAACAACUGGCUGAUUGAUUUUGUGAAAAGUGUAAAAAUUAUACUUAAAUAGUUUAAAACAUACCAACAACACAUGUUUGUCCCAGAAAAAAAGGUGGCUUGAAGUUGAAGCUUUAAUUUUGAUUUUGGAUUCGAAAAUCAGGGCUCUUACUACCACCACACUAUUGUUGCCUUCAGGUUUUUAGGGUAUAAGCGCAAACAUUUAUUCAAAACCUAAUUACAGUUUCUGUAGCAAGCUAGCACUACUGCGAAAGGUAGUGUGCAAGAAUAUAAAGCAGCUCUGUUUUGUUAUUCCAGUAUUGUUUGAUAUAUCACUGCUUUACUCACUGGAAGAUGAUAUUUAUUGUUGAGUUAUUAAAUCUCUAUUGGAAGCACAUAAUAACUAUUACUGUAUCCUAAUCUUUCUCUUGCUUCACUCUCUGAAUUAACAUUUUACAAUAA